UGCAUGCGUUUUUGACUUAUAUAAAUUACCUUUCUCUUUGUCCAAAAUAAAAAAUAAAAAAUUACCUUUCUUUCUGUUCUGCCUCAGUCGGUAGCAUUUCCCACUGCACCUGCUCGAUUCGUCAGCCCCGUUAAUUAAGUUAUGGCAUUGGUUUUGGCUUUGGCUUUUGUCUUUCUGGUUGGUUUAUCUCAGGCUGACGGGCAGCUUAUGGUGGGUUUCUACGGUGAAACAUGCCCCGAAGCCGAGUCCAUUGUUCGUACCGUUGUUAGAGAUGCCGUUCUCUCCGAUGCCAAUACUGCAGCAAUCUUGCUCCGACUCCAUUUUCACGACUGCUUCGUCCAGGGGUGUGAUGGUUCAAUUCUUAUUGAGGAUGGUGCAAACGCGGAGAGACAUGCAUUUGGUCACCAAGGCGUUGGGGGAUUCGAAGUGAUAGAGAAAGCCAAGUCACAGUUGGAGGCUGCAUGCCAAGGCGUCGUUUCUUGUGCAGACAUUGUGGCCUUGGCAGCUAGAGAUGCUAUAGCCUUGGCUGGUGGCCCUGCAUAUGAAGUGGGUACAGGUCGAAGAGAUGGUGUGGUAUCAAAUAUGUCUCUGGCUGACGAUAUGCCGGAUGUCAGUGAUUCAAUCCAACAACUCAAGGCUAAGUUUAUGCGAAGGGGUCUCACAGAAAAAGACCUUGUCCUUCUCACUGCUGCUCAUACAAUUGGGACGACAGCAUGCUUCUUUUUAACAAGAAGGCUGUACAACUUCUUCCCAGGAGGGGGAUCUGAUCCAAGCAUCAAUCCUAACCUCCUCCCUCAACUGAAACAAAGGUGCCCUCAAAACGGCAACGUCAACAUCCGGCUGCCGAUCGACGAAGGAAGCGAGCAAACAUUCGACCUUCAUAUUUUGCAGAACAUAAGAAAUGGGUUCGCUGUGUUAGAAUCUGAUGCCAAGCUUAACGAGGACGCAAUGACAAGGAGCAUAAUGGACUCCUACUUUCCUUUGUUCAAUAUUCCCUUUGGACCAUCUUUUGAGGCUGAUUUCAUCGAAUCAAUUCUAAAAAUGGGGCAGAUUAGUGUCAAGACAGGAUUCCAAGGUGUAAUUAGGAGAAAUUGUGGUAGGCUUUAGUACAAGGAUAUUCUUGUAUAAUAUAUAGAAAGAUUUAACCAUAUGCUUUUGUGAUGCUUUUAUCAAUGUAGCUAAUGUCCUUAUUCAAAAGGGCUCUAUAUGUAAGUCAUAUAAUUAGUGAAUGAAAAAUUAAUCUAAGAGUGAU